UGCGAGGCCCCGUGGGGCGGGCAAGUCGGGGCUCCGGCAGGGCGGGGCAAGAGCCGGGGCGAGGAGCCCGAGCGGCCGCUCCCUCCUGCGGGCCCCGUGGCGGCCGGCCCGGGGGGGUCCGUCACCGUAGCGGUCCGGGCCAAACCCGGCUCCAGAUACAACGCCGUCACGGAUGUGACCACCGACGCGGUGGGCGUGGCCAUCGCAGCCCCGCCCACCGAGGGAGAGGCCAACGCCGAGCUCUGCCGGUUCCUCUCCAAGGUGCUGGACCUCAGGAAGAGCGAUGUGGUUCUGGAGAAGGGUGGUAAAUCUCGCGAAAAGGUGGUGAAGCUUUUGGCCUCUACAACACCAGAAGAGAUCUUAGAGAAAUUGAAAAAGGAAGCUGAAAAAAAAUAAAAGCAAGACUGAGAAGUA